AUGGAUUCUCACUUCAUCAAAACCGCUGGGGAGGAUGGCACCACCUUCACCAAGAUCCUCCAUAAGAAAUCGUACCCCACAAUCAACCCCGCCCGCCCGGAGCUGUCUCAAGCGGGCCGAACGGUCUUGAUCACCGGCGGUUCAGCCGGUAUCGGCUUCGCCAUUGCUAGAGGUUUCGCGCAGGCCGGUGCAGAACGCGUCAUCAUUCUCGGCAGGCGCCAGAAAGUCGUCGAUGAAGCCGCUUCCCAGCUUCAAGGGGAGUACCCCUCGGUCAAGAUCGACGGUCGACAGUCCGACGUGAGCGAUCUCGACUCGGCGGACGGGCUUUGGGGGGCUCUGGAGUCUGAAGGCGUCCAUGUUGACGUCUUGGUUCUCAAUGCUGGCGUGACGACUCAAGGAAGUCCGAUUCUGGAGCUUGGGCGGGACGAGAUCUGGAGCCAAUACAUCGUGAACGUCCGCUCGCAUCUAGAUUUCACGGAGAGGUUCUACAAGCAGAGAGGAGACGAAGAUCGUGGGAAGUUCCUCCUCAACGUCUCGACAGAAGCAAUCCAUAACAUCGCCAAAUCGGGGCCGUGGCCGUCUUACAGCCUGACCAAGAAUGCAGGGACCAUGUUAUUGCAGCAGAUUGCGAAGGACACCCCCGCCGAGAAGAUGCAGGUCAUCAAUUUCCACCCUGGCGUCGUUUACACCGACGUCUUCAAGCAGAACGGGGUCCCAGAAGAUGCGGUUCCUUUUGACGAUGCCGACUUAAGCGGCAACUUUGCCGUGUGGGCGGCUUCCGAAGAGGCCCGGUUUCUGCACGGCCGUUUCGUUUGGGCGGGUUGGGAUAUCGACGAGUUGAGGAGCGGAGAGAUCAGAGAGAAGCUUGACAGGAACCCUGAGUUUCUCAAGGUUGGUGUCGUUGGUCUUCAAGAGUAA